GCGGGCAGCCCAGCUGCUCGUCAGGCGUCGCGGGCUGGGCAUGCGCCACUUGUGCCGCAGUCGGGUGGGAAGCCGUGUCUCGUAGGGGUGGGAUCCUGCAGGUGGGGCGUCCGCAGCCGCUCGUCACCCGCGGGAUGCUCUUUCUGGCGUUGGGCCGCCCGUGGGCGGUCGAACUGCCUCUCUGCGGAAGGAGGACUGCAUUGUGUGCGUUCGCCGCGCUCCGAGGUCCCCGGGCCUCUGUCUCCCGGGCGUCCUCCUGCAGCGGGCCUUCGGGGCCGGUAGCCGCCUGGAGUACCGGGCCCUGGGGAGCCGCGCGCCUUCUCCGGCGUCCGGGCCGAGCGCAGAUCCCUGUUUGUUGGGAAGGAUAUGUUCGAUGCUUACAUACGCCGUCUGACAAAUCAGAAGAUGGAAGGCUAAUUUAUACUGGCAAUAUGGCCCGAGCAGUGUUUGGUGUGAAAUGUUUCUCUUAUUCUACGAGUCUGAUUGGCCUUACAUUUCUGCCAUACUUUUUUACACAAAAUAAUGCUAUUUCUGAAAGUGUGCCUCUGCCUGUUCAAAUCAUAUUUUAUGGCAUCAUGGGAAGCUUUACGGUGAUCACCCCAGUGCUGCUUCACUUCAUUACAAAAGGCUAUGUCAUUCGAUUGUACCAUGAGGCCACAACAGACACUUAUAAAGCCAUUACCUACAAUGCUAUGCUUGCAGAAACGAGUACAGUGUUUCACAAGAAUGAUGUGAAGAUUCCAGAUGCUAAACAUGUGUUUACUACAUUUUAUGCUAAAACAAAAUCACUGUUAGUUAAUCCAGUGCUCUUUCCAAACCGCGAAGACUUUAUCCAUCUAAUGGGUUAUGACAAAGAAGAAUGUAUUUUGUAUAUGGAAGAAGCCAGUGAAGAGAAACAGCAUAAAGAUGAGAAAUGAGCCUGUUUUUUAGUGUUCGUGCUUAAAUGUGAUUUACGUUUUAAUGUAUAAUAAUAAAAUUGCCUUUUGCAUUCUGUUAGUGACUGAUUGUUAAAAAUGAUUUGAAAUUAUCAAAGCUUUUAAUUUCCAGAGAAUGAUGUUUGUUUAUAAUAAAACAAGCUAUGUUUGAAAACCAAAACGUAGUAUCUACCAUUCGUGUUUUAGAAAAAGGUAUGUGAAUAAAUAUGUUCAUGCUAGU